GUUGAUCUGUCCUGGUGCAGUCGGCUGGUUACCCCGUGGGCCACCUGUGCCGCGUUGGGCACCUUUGGACGCCUCAUGGCGCCGCGUGACUCCCUCCCCACGUCGCAGGCCUCCCUGAUAUUUAUGAGAGGCCACCCGUCUUGUGAGGUCGGCAUAUAUCGCCUGGGGGGUGAGCAGCACGAGGACAUCAGCAGCUUCGGCACAAAGCUGUUGGCGCUGGAGGGCCACCUGACGGCGACACGCUCACACUCGAGCAGACGACUGACCAUCGUUCUCGAGUAUGACGACCUCAUGAAGCACAUCAACAUCUUGCGGCCCAUGCUGCUCGGCCGCGCCCACAACACGGGCGUGCUGCUCAGCGGCAAAACGACAGAGGAGCUGGUGCAACAGGCCACCCGGCUGUACGAAGCGCUCCGUGUGCGGACCGUGGUGGUGCCGUGGCAGCAGCUGAGCCGUGCCGAGGCCCUCGAGACUUCCAUCGAGGAACAGGCGAAGGUGACAGUGCGUGUGGGCAUGUUGCUCGAGCCUGGCGAGAUCUCCAAGGUGCCGCGCAUCCCAGGCCCGAAGAAGAUCUCCAAGGUGCCGCGCAUCCCAGGCCCGAAGCAGCCGGACCGGCCGGCCGACAUCGGCCGAUUCGCCAGCUUUGUCGUGAUUGAUGGGCGGGCGAAGGGUGCUGCCGGCAGCAAGGGAGGGGAUGGGGGGAGCGAGGGGCCGUCAGCCGUCUUGGAGACGGUCAGCACACAAGAGUCCGACGAGUACUCUCGCCUAGCCCCGCCCCUGCCUGUGUGGCGGCUGAUGCCGAUGCACCUGUAAGGAAGAGGAACGAGACGCGCACCCCCACGCAUCCAUCAGUGUGACGUGUCGGUUGUGUGUUGCCUUGGCAGCAAGUCGGACGUCUUCGGCAUUGCGUGUUUCGACACCCAGUACGGCCACGGGUUAGCUGGCCUCUGCAUGAGCGCAACGGCCCCCAUCCUCGACCAGGCCAUCCACGGUGAGACCACACACAACACUCACUCCCUCCCUCCCUCCACACCAACACACUCCAACACACGCAAACAUGACGAUUUCGUUUGUAUCUGUGUGGUGUCAGGCUUCGGUCCUGUCGACCUGCCGACCUUCCCCCUCCCCCGCCCCCUCACCGACACCAGCACCAGCACCAUCAGCAACCCGACCAGCAGCCUCUAUCCCCCGCCCCCACACCUAGGCUGGAGCCUCACUGACCCCGUCAGAAAAGCUCGUCAUGCCCUCUCAGCCAUGUGUGCCUUUGCGGCCCAUCGAGUGGCGGGCGAGCGGUCGCUGGACGAACUCAUCACGCCAGAACUCCUCGAUGAGCUGCACCGCUACAUGACUCAACAGGUGGCUCGGCGGCUGACGAGAUUCCCCAACGACAAGGACAAACUCUUCGACAGAGGUGAGCCUACACAACACACCAACAAAUCGCCCAUCGUCUCUCCAUCACUCUGUCUGUCUGUCUGUGUCUGUAGUACUUGAUGCUGGCGCGGCAAUUUUGUUUGAGGAGGUGACGCACGGGCCCGGGAGAGAGCUGACACUCACGAUGAGCCACAUCAAGAGCAGCGUCGCCGUCACCGACGCCGAGCUCAACAGGUGGUCCCUUCUUCCUGCCAUCAGCCGGCUGAGGUGGGGCGGCAUCAGCGGCGAUCGCAUCCUCUUGCAGACCGUCUGUGUCGGCCUGCCCGCUUUCGCCAAGACGCUCUUCGAGAAGCUGGAGGUCCAUAUGCACGCCGACGUGCCGACCAAGGGCACCAUCCACACUGGUUGGCCGAUUUCGGAGGAGGACAUCCUGGGGCUGUUGGGCAACUCAACAUCACGCCGAGGUGACCACCACACACCACACACCACACACCAAAACACCCGUGUGCGAUUCCAUUUGUGUUGUGUGUCAGAUGCAGAGCAGACGACGGGCCGCUCUCCGGACCCCGCUACCCACACAGCCUGCGCGGUCCCCCCGAGCGGUGACGCCGACAGGAGUCCAAGACGGUCAGGUGAGAGGGACGGGUGCACGCACUCACGGGUGCAAGUGUCCUGCAUCUCGCAUGCGGCCUCUGCCUUGUCAGCCCCUGCUUCCAUCCACACUACGACCACCGCCACUGAGGGGAGCGAGCCAGGUGAGAGGCGGCACGUCGCUGCACGAGUGCUGUCAUGUUGUCUUGUUCAUUCGAUGGAUGUGUGCCGUCAGGUACUGCUGGCUUGUUGGACAGCUCGGCUUUGUCGUCAGUCGUCCCCUCUGACCCCCACCCCCACACAGACACCACCACCAGCAUCAGCGGCGUGGCGGCGGCCGACCCCUUCUCCCUCUUCGUCCCCUUACCCACCCACACAAUCGACAUCGAUCCCAGGAUCAUUUACCUCAUCGACCUCUCGGCCGAGGACGAGAUCGGCCAGAUGGCGGGGCCGUGCAAGUGGUCGCGAGAGACGACUGCCAAGGUCAAGGACAACAUCGCUGUGCGGCGAUCUGGGCUCAAGAUGCUGGUCAGCCGCGACAAGAUGAGCUUCAGCGGCCCUGCGGGUGCCCGGGAGCCGGGCGCACACGGCAUGGUCUACCUCCACGACCAGGGUGUGCUGUUCGCAUUUUCCGCCACCAAGGGCGGCGUCAACUCCAGGGGGCGCAAGGAGAAGCGCACCACCAUCCAGGGCAUUUCGCGAGAGCUCGAGAAUCAAACGCGUAAGUAAGCUUAGGAGAGAGAGGCAGAUGGACCCACACGGAAGAUAUGUAUGCAAUGACGACACAGUUCUCUUACUUGUCCAUUCAUUCCUCCGCAGGGCUUGAGGAAUUCCUCAGGCAUAAGUGGGACACUUUGGAGGCGACUACUGGCCGCAAGGCCUCGAUCGCCGCCCCCCAACAGCAGCAGCAACAGCAGCAGCAACAGUACAGCCCCAGCGGCUUCCUGCGGGUGUCUAUCGAUAGGCAAACCAACAGCAUCCGCAUAGGGGCCGACUUCGACACCCCUUCCCAGCCGCCCGUCCAGAUGGCGCUGUCGUACAAUGCGGCAAAGCCCUUCAUCAGGGCGAAACCUGACGGCUUCGAGAGCGACUCCUACAGGGUGCGUGUGGUGGACCAGGGCAAGACCCUGGCUGAGGCGGACGGCCUUGGGGGCUCGAGGACGUCAACAAACGGCGUGUCGGCAUCAUCCGGGGGGGCGACUAUUUCGGCCCCGCCUUGCUUUCACGUGUGACGGCGCACGGCUGGCAGGGGGUGCUCGAGAUUCGCCUGGCCAACCCCAACACAGCCAGUGCAUCCGUGACAUCUGCGCCAGCCCCUUCGUCGAGUUGCCUGGCCACUCCGGGAGACGACGAGAAGUUCCAGGUGAUCCGGUAAGCAAGGGUGGCAAAGGGCCGAGGAGAGGCACAAGAGGGGGAUGCACAGUAUACGCUGUGUGUCUGUCUGUCUGUCUGUCUGUAGCCGUAUUUCUGAGGUGGUGACGACGCUGAAGGAGGCAGGAGUGCAAUGCCGGCAACCUACUGUGCGCAAAGAGUGGUAAGGAGGUCUUGCUAGCCUUGGCGCACCGACAAUGCCCUACCCGUUGAUCGGUAGCCAUCCGUGUGUCGUUCAUCUCUCUGUCCUUGGGUGCUUGUGCGCGGUGCAUCAGGUUGAAGACGAGGACAGCGGUCAGCCAGCUGCACGGAUUCAUCGACAGACUCGAGGGUGAAGCCGCCCAGUACAGACUUCGCCGCGGCGCUGAGGCCCUCACGGCCUGCGCCAGGAGAUUCGCCGCAGACGUCGGGACGGUGCUGCGACGUGAGACGCACAGGCAGACCACCACAGCCACGGCACCCCUACCGGUCCCCUCCCCCGCCCCCGCCCCCGCGCCCAGCGCAGCCUCUGCCGACGUGCCGCAGUCGUCCUCCUCCCCCACACCCACACCCACAUCCGCACCCGCACCCACAUCCGCACCCGCCCCCACACCCGCACCCGCACCCGCACCCACAUCCGCAGCCAAGCCCAAUCCCAGGGGCAAGAAGCCCAUCAAGUGAUUUGACGGCUACAGUGGUAACGUAGAUGCGUACGUGGGCGGGUGAGCAAACGGGUGGUACGUGGGGCUGUGGUGGGAGCUGCUGUGUCGGCGGUCGGUCGACCGUCUUCUUUCUUUCUCUGUCUGUCUGUGUGUGGUGGGUGAGCAAGAGCACCUGACGCACACACACACACACUCAUAUGGAAGACCACAGAGGAGUGCCGUCUGUUUGGGCGUUUUGCCAUGAGCGUGUGGGUGCUGGUGGCAUGCAGAUGGACGGGCCGUGGGGCCACACACACAAAGAGCCCCUGUUCCGCUGUUUUGGCGUUUUGCGUACUGAAGGGGACGGCUGAUUUGACGGGAUGGGGCGGGAGAGGUCGGUACGGUGCCUGUGCGGAGGGCAACGGGUUCACAUCUGCUGGCUGGGAGGGCUGUGGCCGAGCAGUCCGUCUACUGUACGUGUGGAUUGUGUCUAUGCGUGCGUUGAGCUGCCUGCCUGCCUGCCUCAUUCACUCACUCACUCACUCAUUGCUGGAGCUGGGGGUAUGGCUGCCGACGAUGUCGCUUGCAUGAUACUCAUGUGUGCAUCAUGCCUGCGGCCCUCCCUCCCUACGUGUCUGCCAGUCGCUCGACACCUGGUGGACAUGGUGUGUGUUGUGCUGGCUUGACCACUCACUCACGGCGGAGCUAUGCUGCGGGGCGAAUGGGGCGAUGGGUGCGAUGGGAGGGCAGCCACGGGGGGCUGUGCGUGGAAGUUAGUGAUGGAGGGGUCAGGCGAGGCUGGUGGGUGGGUGAGCGGGGUUUGCUGUCCGUGGGGCUCAGUGGUGGGUCGGAAGGUGUGCACUGACUGACAUGCCGGUGCGAUCGGCCUGCUGUGUGUGUCACGGUGUGCGCGUGAGAGAGAGUGUUACACUACGGGCUGCUGCUUUUCGAAACGUUUUAAGUGUUACUUACUUACAGUAUGCGCGCAGAGAGCGACACACGGCCGACCCGAGCCGACUUGACGUGGACCUGCUGGGUGUGUCGUGUGUGCGUGGGUGCAAGUGUGUGUGGCCAGGCGAGUGCUGCUCGCUGUGUGUUUUGGUGCUGCCGCCUUUUCGCAUUUGUGCAGUUCCCUGCUGAUCGUGUGUGUAUGGGUGUGAAGAAUUCCUCCCCUUCUCCGCUCAGCUUGUCGAUCUAUCAGCUCUAAGACUUAUGCCCUUUAUCCAUUCUCCUUUUGCCUUUCCUCUGUUUGCCCAUUUCAUGAUCAAAACGGUCAAGUCGCUCUGUGCGUCUAUGCCUACCUGCCUACCUGCCUCACUCACUCCCUCACUCAUUCACUCACUGCGUAUCAUGCCUGUGGCCAUGAGGGCAGAGAGGCAGCCGACCGACCGACCGAUGCGCCCACAGUCAUGGUGUUUGCAUGGGUCCACCCGUCGGGACUGCAUAUCUCUCUACCUAUACAAGUAGCACUGACUCUCACCCAAGGAAGUGGGAGGGAAUUUGCGUUUUGCCCGCCCCAUUGCCUUUUUGUGCAAUCCAGGCCGACAGCAGCCAUGACCACUUGAUGUGAUUUGAUCUCCUUCAUUGCCCAUCACUUGCUCCGAUUGCCUGCCUGCAUCGUUCGUGUGCGUGUGCCGACCUGUUGAAUUCAGGACUCUGUCUGUCUGUCUGUCUGCCUUGCCUGUUUUGUGUCGACACGUGCCUGCGGCCCUCAAGUCUCGCUUCGUUUAUGUGCGUCUGUCGGUGGUGCGUUGAUGAAGGCAGCGGGCUGAGAGGUGACUCUCACACCCGCGUGCCUUUGUCGACACAUCACCACAAACCUGAUGCCCCGGUGCCUCCGUGUGUCCAUACGUGUGUGUUGGACAUAUAUUCCAGGCCUAUAUGUCCAGUAUGUUCAUGUGUGUGGAUGUGAUGUGAUGGCAGUGAGGCGCUCCGUCAGCACGGCUGGCUGGAUGCGAUUGAGUUUGUUGAUACAUGUAUGAAUGAAUGGGGUGCAUGCAAAGCACGUCGUCCCCCUCUCCCCCCUUCUAUCUACGCUGCCUUUGUCUUCUCAAUGUACGUACUCUCUGUCUAUGUGCCCCUUGAUUGGUCGUGCGUCGGUGGUUGGGCAUGUGCGUGAGAGCUGUGCACAGCCCCCCACCCCACCAGCCAUCCAUCGACGCACCAACCAAUAUUCAACAGAUGUCCACUUGCCUUUUAUCCAGUGAGAUUAUUUUCAAUUGAGACGAUGGCCGACUGUGUUGUGCAUGUGUCUGUCGGUGUGCAGCGGUAUUCCUUCCGACUGAUGGGUGCACACAGAUGUGUUCGCCCUCCUGGUUCGCAAGAGAUGCGAUGCACCGACAGACACACGCACGCUCAGAUGGCCGAUAAAUAUGUACAUCAGACGAUCCGAAACAAGUGAGAGAGACCAUAUGCAUAUCGAUGGACCGAC